AUGCCCAGUUCGUCUGUUGGAAACAAGGCCAAAAACGCUAAAGAGAAAGCUGGCCAGAGUGACCAAAGACUUGAAAAAAGGGCUGAGGAUGAGGCGAAGAAGGUUACCUGUAGGGAGGUUCGGGGGAGGACAGAGAAGGCCGAGAAGCUACUCAGGGAGAUCGAAGAAGAGAGGGAAAGACAGAGAAAAGUCGUCGCGGCGGCCGAGACCGGAUUGGUCAACGAGCUUGAUACGCUUCUGCGGUUGAGCUGCGAUGUACAUGGUCGAGUGCGCGACCAUGACAUCGGAAGCAGGUUGAGAGGAGCGGAUUGGAGCGCCAGAAGGGGCGUAACCACCAUGUCUAUCACUAACCCGCUACGAAUCGAUCCCCCGGUAGCACCAGCUAUAGUCGAUGUGGGAUUGAGACCCACGACCUCAAGAGGAACACUCCUGCGCGCUACCGCGCCCAUCGACGUCACAAGCCGGCACCACCACACGCUAUCUACUCAUCAUCCUCUCCACGAGCGAUGGUCAACAGCUCAUCCAACUUCGCAUCCAUGGCGUCCAGCUUUCCGUCGACAGCGCGGUGCCGUGGGGCGGGGAAGAGCGAAGUCUGGUGGAAGAAAGCCGGUGAAUUGCUCCCAGGGAGCCAGGUUUGUUAGGAGAUGA